GCUUUAGCAAAAUGGCCUAUUGUCAUGACUAAAAAUACAUCCUCGAAAAUAACGUGUAUUUUCAUCGCAAAAGAAUAACGAUAACACCUUUAAUUUUAUCUCUUUUAAAUGAAUAUUAUACUGCCGUAUUAACACAGACGUGCCAUAUCAGGUCGACGCCAAAAAAGAAACAUUACGAGCCUUCAGUAAAAUGAAGACAAGUUGUCAAACUUGUUUGCAAUGAAUAUUAGCAAAAUCGUUCUGAACUGAUAUAAUAUGUCAAAGCAGGGAUUUGAGCGCACUUUCCGCUGAAUCGGGAAGAGUAACAAGCUGUGAAGAACCGUUUACAGUAGGAAUACCGCCGAGAAAUUCAAGAUGCGCAGGCACUUCUUCAUUGGUUUGUUCCUCGUCGGAUUUCAACUCGCCUGCUACAACUGCGUCCCUGGUCGUGCGCUUUCACUGCGAGACCUUUCCAUGGAACUUCCCUUGAAGGAAAAACACACUGCGGAUAAUUUGAACUUUCUGGAAGAUGCUAAAGUUGAAAUGGCUAAGCGAGUGGCUGAGUGCAAAGAUGAAAGGAACUGUUCCUGGAUCGAGAUGGAAUUAGCAAAAUACGGAGGAAGCCUGAAGGAGUAUUGUGAGCUUUACAAGGACACGGCUCCCAUCAAACAGUGCCGCAAGACUUGUAAAACAUGCAAAGCCCCGGCUCCCAUCGAGUGCAAAGAUGAAAGGGACUGUUCCUGGAUCAAGACGGAAUUAGCAAAAUACGGAGGAAGCCUGAAGGAGUAUUGCGAGCUUUAUAAGGACAGAGCUCCAAUCAAACAGUGCCGCAAGACUUGUGAAAAGUGCAAAGCCCCGGCUCCCAUCGAGUGCAAAGAUGAAAGGGACUGUUCCUGGAUCAAGACGGAAUUAGCAAAAUACGGAGGAAGCCUGAAGGAGUAUUGCGAGCUUUAUAAGGACAGAGCUCCAAUCAAACAGUGCCGCAAGACUUGUGAAAAGUGUCCCAAAACUCCAUCGACACCCAGCAGAGAUCUAGGAGUGGCAACCGCCCUGGCUAACAAGAGGCUGGCAGAGGCAGCUCGUGAUUCGCGUGCUAAUUUGCUUUACAAAGUGAAAAAGAUUUUGGCGGCCCGCAGGGGAUAUCCUCGAGCAUUUCCAAGAAAGCGUGCCUUUUCUGGACUCCACGGCAAAGCGGUUUUACUUGUAACUGUAACGAAGAAUACAGCAGAUGUCAUGAUGAACUUCAAAGUCUUCGCGCUUUUCAUUUCAGUUUCCGUAACGUCUCUAGGACGCAACAGUGCAGUUCCAUUUAGUAGUUUAAGAGACGAAGCCAGUGCUGGUUGUAAAGAUGAACGACCAGACUGUGAUUAUAUCGUCAAGAGCACAGGAGGCGGUGAAAAAUUACAUCAGUAUUGCAAGAAAUGGAAAGACGAUGCCGCAGUGAAGCAAUGCCGUAGAACAUGCCACAUGUGCAAAGCUCCAAGCCCUACCGAAUGUAAAGAUGAACGGUCAGACUGUAAUUGGAUUGUCCAGAACACAGGAGGUGGAGAAAAACUUGAACAGUACUGCAGACAUUACAAGGACGUCGCCAAACAAUGCCGUAAAACUUGCAACAUGUGUUCUAAGCCCCCAUCGCCACCCAGCACCGAGCCGGAAACAAUGGCGCCUGAGACCGAGAGACCCACGACACCCACUACCAAGCCAAAACCAACUCAAACGUCUCACGGAGGACCUAACGAAUGUAAAGAUGAACGACCAGACUGUAAUUGGAUUGUCCAGAACACAGGAGGUGGAGAAAAACUUGAACAGUACUGCAGACAUUACAAGGACGUCGCCAAACAAUGCCGUAAAACCUUCAACAUGUGUUCUAAGCCCCCAUCGCCACCCAGCACCGAGCCGGAAACAAUGGCGCCUGAGACCGAGAGACCCACGACACCCACUACCAAGCCAAAACCAACUCAAACGUCUCACGGAGGACCUAACGAAUGUAAAGAUGAACGACCAGACUGUAAUUGGAUUGUCCAGAACACAGGAGGUGGAGAAAAACUUGAACAGUACUGCAGACAUUACAAGGACGUCGCCAAACAAUGCCGUAAAACCUUCAACAUGUGUUCUAAGCCCCCAUCGCCACCCAGCACCGAGCCGGAAACAAUGGCGCCUGAGACCGAGAGACCCACGACACCCACUACCAAGCCAAAACCAACUCAAACGUCUCACGGAGGACCUAACGAAUGUAAAGAUGAACGACCAGACUGUAAUUGGAUUGUCCAGAACACAGGAGGUGGAGAAAAACUUGAACAGUACUGCAGACAUUACAAGGACUUGAUAACGUUUUCACUGCAUGAUGAUCUUGUAGGUUCUAAGCCCCCAUCGCCACCCAGCACCGAGCCGGAAACAAUGGCGCCUGAGACCGAGAGACCCACGACACCCACUACCAAGCCAAAACCAACUCAAACGUCUCACGGAGGACCUAACGAAUGUAAAGAUGAACGACCAGACUGUAAUUGGAUUGUCCAGAACACAGGAGGUGGAGAAAAACUUGAACAGUACUGCAGACAUUACAAGGACGUCGCCAAACAAUGCCGUAAAACCUUCAACAUGUGUUCUAAGCCCCCAUCGCCACCCAGCACCGAGCCGGAAACAAUGGCGCCUGAGACCGAGAGACCUACCCAGAAACCCACGACACCUACCCAGAGACCCACUACACCUACUACCAAGCCAAAACCAACUCAAUCGUUUCACGGAGGACCUACAGGAUUUCAAAGAGCCUGUUUAGAAGCACACAAUGACCAUCGAUUCUUUCACCGCUCCCCUCCUCUCAAGUGGUCGGCGGAGUUGACGCGUGAUGCGCAGGACUGGGCCAAUUACCUCGCUGCCACAAACUUGUUUGAGCACGAUCCGACCGCGCGGCCGAAGGACCAGGGCGAGAACCUGUACUACAUAACGCCAUAUCCCAAGAGGCUGUGCGACCUCGGUGAAACAGGGCAGGACUGUCUCAGCUGCGGAGAAAUUGUAAAAGCUUGGUAUGACGAGGAGCUGGAUUACGAUUACGUAACUGGUAGAGCAAAGGUGCCGUUUGCUCCGAUUCUACAUUUCACUCAGAUUGUUUGGAAAGCGAGCAAGAAGCUGGGAAUGGCAACUGCGGUGGCUAGUGAUAGGCUGGUAGCAGUGGCUCGUUACGAACCCGCAGGAAAUAUUGGUGGACAGUUCCAAGAAAAUGUUCUUGUUCCUGACUUCCCCUGAUGGAAUCUUUACAAGCUGGCAAGAAACAUGUGAACACUGACAGUUAGCCAUCGUAGCUACAGAAGCAUAUUAGAAUAAAGCGGUUAUAUAACGCCAA